AUGACGCAACGGUCAAUUAUCCCGGCAAAAUAUGAUGAUGAAAAAAAUCAGUUCGAUCAAUUUGGUCCACCGAUGAAAAUCUCUCUCCAAGAAGGAAACGUAAGCGGUGGUAUAAGUUUACCGUUUGCACCUACGGAAGAAAAUGAUAAGGAUUAUCGACUUCAUGAUAUCAUAACCGAUAGCAAUGGCAUUAUUUUAAUCCCGAUACACUGGAUGAUACUUUCUAAGUCCGGUGGACUCGUAGAUAAUGCUACAGCACAAGAAAAAACAUUAUAUAUGAAAAUGCAAACUGAUUAA